GUAGCAACGACAGGCGCAUCCCCUCCUCUCUUUCCAUCUCUGCACCCUUUUCGCGUUGCGUGUUUGUGUAUUCCAGUGUGUGAGUGUGUGAGUGUGUGUAUGUGUCUCUCUCGCGCUCUCUCGCUCUUUCCAGUCCGCGCUCCACGGCAGUAGGCGCAGAGCAAUUCCCCGCCGCUCGUCCCGUCAGUGUGUGCGUGUGUGUGUGGGUGUGUGUGUGUGUGUGUGUGUGUAGUAUAGCCCCUCGAUCUUCGCGGUGUCCACUUUAAACCCCGCAGCCCAACAAAAAAAAACUUUCAUGCAGAGCUUUUGAGCUUUCUCCCCCUCACCACUCACACACCCCCCUCGUCCCACAGGCAGCCAUAAUGGCAGAGGGGACGACAGUGAGCCUCUUCCUGCUGUCCCUGUGGUGCAGCGCCUCGGUCACCACGGCCGUGCAGAGAUCGGACAUAUUCCCGUACGGGACCCCGAGCGGAGACUUGACCCUGGCCGAAGGAGACGACGAAACCUCGAAGGUCCUGACGCUGCCAAGACCUCUGUACUUCUACAACACCCAGUUCAGCGAGCUUUAUGUUGCCACCAAUGGCAUCAUCUCAGCGCAGGACCUGCCCAUGGAGAAGCAGUACGUGGACGACGGCUUCCCCACGGACUUCCCCGUGGUCGCUCCGUUCCUGGCCGACCUCGACACCAGCGGCGGCCGCGGCCAGAUCUACUACCGGCUCACCGAGACGCCCAGCGUGCUAAACCGGGUGUCGCAGGAAGUGCACCGCGGUUUCCCUGACGCCCGCUUCACCCCGACGCACACCGUGGUCGCCACCUGGGAGAACGUGGGGGCGUACGAGGAGCAGAGCCGCCAGGCCGGGCCCACCAACCAGGUAAACACGUUCCAGGCGGUGAUUGCGUACGAUGAGACGGACUCCUACGCCCUCUUCCUGUACCCCGAAGACGGCCUGCACUUCUUUGGCACGCGACCAAAGGAGUCGUACAACGUGGAGAUCGAGCUGCCGGCCCGGGUGGGCUUCAGCCGAGGGGAGAUCACCUACUUCCUGUUCUCCCGCCAAGAGGGCCCUCACUACGGCGUCACCAGUGACCAGCAGAGCGUCAAGAACCUCUACCAGGUUGGAAACACGGGUUCUCCCGGCGUCUGGCUCUUCCACAUCGGAAACUCGUACUCCUUCGACAACAUCGUCCCCGCCGCCGUCAGCGGUCUCCUCGCCCACCCGCGUCCCGAAGGCUACGACGACAUCAAGGACACGACAACCCCGGAGUACGGCGAGUUCGAGGAGUACCCCGACAGCAACAUCGACCCCGAGAACGAGGAGGAGGAAGAGGAGGAGGAGGAAGAUUACCCAGUCACCACCGGAGACCCCGAGUUCCAGCCCCCCGGUGGCGCUGACCGGACCCCUGAGUCUCCCCUGGAGCCCGAACGCCGCGACCCCGCCCCCUAUUACCCGCCAGAGGAGAACGCCGAGCCGGAGAACCACGGCCGUCGUGCCGAUACGACGCUGACCUAUGAACCCCGAUAUGUCCCGGAGCACGGGGGGAGGCAGUACCAGACCCCUCCCCCUCGCCCUCCCCCAGAGACCUACCCAGAGGGGGGGCCCCUCCGGCCCGGGGAGCCGCAGCCUCAGUGCCAUCGCUCCGCCGGUCAGUGCUGGUGCGUGGACAGUAGGGGGCAGGAGAGAGCGGACACCAGAACGGCACCUGGUACACCACCCACCGACUGUGACGAAGCAGAAGAGCCAGAGCGUCCCAAGACCCACUGCCAACACCACAGAGACAGAGUCCAGACCACCAGCCCAGAGGGGCACCCCCUUCUGGGGGUUUAUGUUCCUGAUUGCGACGAGGCCGGACAGUACAAAACCCAACAGUGCCACGUCUCCACCGGCUACUGCUGGUGCGUGGACAGCCAGGGGCAGGAGCGAGCCAACACCAGGACGUCCCCUCGGGAAUCUCCCGUCGACUGCAACAAACCCGAUGAGCCGGAGCGUCCCAAGACCAGGUGUGAGCAGCACAGGGAGAGCCUCCAGACCACUGGCCCGGAGGGACACCCCAUCGCGGGGGCUUCUGCCCCUCGGUGUGACGCCCGCGGAGAGUACGCACCGUUACAGUGCCACGGUUCCACAGGCCACUGCUGGUGCGUGGACAUCUGGGGACACGAGCGCGAGGGGACCAGGUCAUUACCCGGUACCCCGGCGACAGACUGCGAUAAACCAGAUGAGCCCGAGCGACCCAAGACCCACUGCCAACACCACCGAGACGGGGUCCAGACCACCAGCCCAGAGGGGUACCCCCUCGUUGGAGCUUUUGUUCCAGAGUGUGACGAACAUGGACAAUACAAACCACUCCAGUGCCACGGUUCCACCGGCCAUUGCUGGUGUGUUGACAACGGCGGGCAAGAGAGGCAAGGAACUCGGACAUCAGCCGGUACACCCAACACAGACUGCAGCAGACCAGAUGAGCCCGAGCGACCCAAGACCCACUGCCAACACCACCGAGACGGGGUCCAGACCACCAGCCCAGAGGGGUACCCCCUCGUUGGAGCUUUUGUUCCAGAGUGUGACGAACAUGGACAAUACAAACCACUCCAGUGCCACGGUUCCACCGGCCAUUGCUGGUGUGUUGACAACGGCGGGCAAGAGAGGCAAGGAACUCGGACAUCAGCCGGUACGCCCAACACAGACUGCAGCAGACCAGAUGAGCCAGAGCGUCCGAAGACCCGCUGUGAGCGCCACAGAGACAGCGUGGUGACCACCAGUCCAGAGGGCUAUCCCAUCACUGGAGCUUUUGUGCCAGAGUGUGUGGAACACGGACAAUACAGACCACUACAGUGUCAUGGCUCAACUGGGUAUUGCUGGUGUGUGGACGGCAAGGGACAGGAAAGAGGGGGAACCAGGAGUCCACCUGGUACACCAACUGUAGACUGCAACAAACCAGAUGAGCCGGAGCGUCCCAAGACCCACUGCCAACACCACCGAGACGGGGUCCAGACCACCAGCCCAGAGGGGUACCCCCUGCUUGGAGCUUUUGUUCCAGAGUGUGACGCAUACGGACAAUACAAACCACUACAGUGCCACGGCUCUACCGGUCAUUGCUGGUGUGUGGACGAUAGGGGGCAGGAGAGAGUGGGAACCAGGACCCCAGCUGGUACACCGACCAUCGACUGUGACAAACCAGUGGAACCCGAGCUUCCUAAAACCCACUGCCAGCACCACAGAGACAGCGUCCAGACCACCAGUCCUGAGGGAUAUUCUAUCCUGGGUGCUUUUGUACCACAGUGUGAUGCUAAUGGACAAUACGUACCACUACAGUGCCACGGUUCUACCGGCCACUGCUGGUGUGUGGACAAUGCUGGUCAGGAGAGAGCAAGGUCCAGGACUCCACCUGGUACACCGCCAAAAGACUGCGACAAACCUGAUGAACCCGAGCGUCCAAAGACCCACUGUGAGCAACAUCGGUACAGCACCACUCGCGAGGGACCUGCUCCUGGAGCUUUUGUUCCUGAUUGUGACGAAGAUGGACAGUACAGACCCCAACAGUGCCACGGCUCCACUGGUCAUUGCUGGUGCGUGGAUCAACAAGGGCAGGAGAGAGCCGGUACCAGGACAGCGUCUGGCACACCUCCCAGAGACUGCUACAAACCAGAUGAGCCAGAGCGCCCCAAGACCCCCUGUCAACACCACAGAGACGGGAUCCAGACCACCAGUCCAGAAGGACACCCUCUUCUGGGAGCUUUUGUUCCCGAAUGUGAUGCAGAAGGACAGUACAAAACCCAUCAGUGCCACGGCUCCACUGGUCAUUGCUGGUGUGUGGACAAUAGGGGGCAGGAGAGGGCGGGAACCAGGACGCCAGCUGGUUCACCGAAGAAAGAUUGCAACAAACCAGACCACGAAGCGCCCCGCCCGGAGAGUGUGUGUGAGCGCUGGAGGGCCAGCCUUGUGGAGCACUACGGAGGCACACCAGAACCACAGCACUACCUGCCCCAGUGCGACGCACACGGGAACUUCAGUCCAGUCCAGUGUUAUGGGGACACAAGCUAUUGUUGGUGCGUGGACCAGGAUGGACGAGAAAUUGAGGGAACGCGCUCACACAACGUUGUCAAGCCUGCAUGUCUCUCCACAGUGGCCCCACCCACCAUGCGACCAUUGCCCCGCCCCGACGUGACUCCGCCCCCCUCUGACAUCACGCUGCUCUACGCCCAGGGUCAGCAAAUCGGAGCCCUGCCGCUCAACGGCACCCGGCUGGACCCGACACGGGCCAAGACCCUCCUGGCCCUUCAUGGAUCGAUAGUGGUGGGCGUGGCCUACGACUGUCAGGAGAACAAGGUGUACUGGUCCGAUCUGUCUGGGAGGACCAUCAGCAGAGCUUCACUGACGCACGGGGCGGAGCCGGAGGUCCUCAUCAACACAGACCUGGCCAGCCCCGAGGGUCUGGCGGUGGACCCGUCCCGCCGGCUGAUGUUCUGGGUGGACUCGGCGCCGGACAAGAUCGAGCGGGCCAACCUGGACGGCAGCGGGCGCCGCACGCUCUUCCACCGCGACCUGGUGAACCCGCGCGCCAUCAUAGUGGUCCCUUCCACCGGGACGUUGUACUGGACCGACUGGAACCGCGAGGCCCCUAAGAUCGAGUGCUCCACCGUGGACGGAGACAACAGGAAGGUGGUGGUCUCCGAGGGCAUCGGCCUGCCCAACGCGCUGACCUACGACACCGAGGCCAGGCAGAUCUGCUGGGCCGACGCAGGCACUAAGAAGCUGGAGUGCGUGUCUCCGGACGGGUCUGGUCGAAGGGUGAUCCACCCUAACCUCAACUACCCCUUCAGCAUGGUCUACUACAGGAACCACUUCUACUACUCCGACUGGAGGAGGGACGGUGUGAUCGCGGUGAACAAAGACACCAGUAAAUUCACCGACGAGUUCCUGCCUGACCAGCGCUCGCACCUCUACGGCCUCACCAUAGCAACAACCAACUGUCUAUCAGGGAGCCAUUAACCCCGGAUCGACCGAGCCGUCAGCAGGGUCCUUUGGUGCUAUUCAUAUGUUGGGCUCUCCUCCGGGGGGACGAGAGAGGGCGCUAUACUCUCAGAAAGAGAAGACCACCGUCCCCGUGAACACACUCCCCACUCCCUUAUCCUCCAUCCAAAUAUGAAACCUUUUUGUGUCGCCCUUCACUCGCCGUUCUGUGUUUUUGUAAAUUUGUGUUAUACCUCAUUUUAUCAACUUGUUUGUUGCUACUGGUUGUUUUUUAUUCCAUACCAUUUGAUGCCAAUGAACCAUGACAUGAGUGGAGCUUUAAAGGAGUAAAAUGUAUGUGACUUGUGUUUUUUUAGUUUUUCAAAUCUCUUUAAAGCCAAAGAACAAAGACAAGAGAGAGCAUGUCCUUUACAAUGUGAUAUCCGAUAUCAUUUGCCGACAGCGUCAGUCGGUUAGCUAGGUCGGUUAGCUAGGUCUAGUAGUCAAACAUCUUGUUUGGUGGUUUGCCAGUCGGGAUUCAAAAUAAAUAAAGACAUGUAUGAAUGGAAGAGACUCUUACUGGUUAGCUAUACAUGCUCAGAAGGCUGGUAUAACUGAACCACUUACCCGGCCUAACGGGUUAGGGUUAGCUAACCGCCAUGUGCUACCGCCCAGACCGAUGAGAAUCAACCCAAGUGUUCCCCACCCAUCAGGUCACUGUGAUCAGCACAACAUCCUAUUUCUCUGCACUGCUACUCCCUAUUUUUCUACACGUGAGGAUGUGACUUGUUAUUCUACUUUUAUAACUACUUUUUAAAAAUCUUUCUAUCUUUUUUAUAAGAUGUGAUAUUUAUAACAAAUAAAAAUGUGAUUCUGGAUUGGAUGGAUUUACCGUGUCCCUGUGCUU